UCAUCCACCCACUCAAAUACUCCCCAACUCUCAACACCCAAUUAAUCCUUUCCAAUCCAACCAUCCAGAUUCCAUCAAUCAGCUUUGACACUCCAUCAUGCGGCUGAGAUUGCAGAAUCUUCAUUUCUCUAUCUGUCUUGUUCAGUACAGUAGCUUACCCUCCCCCCACGGGCCUCCGCUGCUGAGUACUUGUACUGGAAUGGAAAGCAAAAGCCCAAGUUCAUUUUAAUGUCAGCAAUGGCUGCCAGAAGUUUGAAUUCAUCGAUUCUUCCAACUGGGUUUAUAAGUUCUUCAAAAACCCAACAAAAUUUCAAGUUUCUUUCUUUAUCUUCUCCUCCAAGUUUCGGUUCACCCAAAAACAAAAAGCUUUCAUCAUCUUCUGUCCGUGUAAUGGGCUCUUCCUCCUCUUCCCAGAGACCAGAUGGCAUCCAAGAAGCUCAGUUGCCUGUUGGUGCAGAGGCUGGCACCGUGGAUUACAAAUCUCUAAGCGAUGAUGAAUGGAAGAAGCGGCUCACAGGCGAGCAGUUCUAUAUUACUCGUCAGAAGGGAACUGAGAGAGCUUUUACCGGUGAGUAUUGGAACACCAAAACGCCAGGGAUAUACCACUGUAUAUGUUGCAACACACCUCUUUUUGAAUCAUCAACUAAAUUCGACAGUGGAACUGGUUGGCCAUCAUAUUACCAGCCCGUUGGUGAUAAUGUCAAAUCCAAGCUAGACCUGUCCAUCAUUUUCAUGCCUCGGGAGGAAGUUCUUUGUGCUGUUUGUGAUGCUCAUCUGGGCCAUGUAUUUGAUGAUGGACCACCGCCAACUGGGAAACGUUAUUGCAUCAAUAGUGCUGCGUUGAAAUUGAAACCAAAGUGAUGGUGAAGAUGUUACCAUGCCUGCCUGCAAAUUCUGUAACUGAAACCCAUACUCAUUACAUGUUUGUGCUCAUAAAUUGAGGAUUAUUGCGAGAUGUGUACAUGGUUAUUGUGCUGAAUGAAAAUAAUUGUACCUCCCGUA